AUGGUGGCCGAAACAAAACUCUACGAUGCUUUGAGCAUCAAACCUAGUGCCUCCCAGGACGAAAUCAAAAAGGCCUACCGUAAGGCUGCAUUGAAGUAUCAUCCGGACAAGAACAAGAAUGAUCCCAAAGCAGCAGAAAAAUUCAAAGAGGUGUCACAAGCCUACGAAGUUCUUUCCGAUCCAGAGAAGCGCAAAGUCUACGAUCAAUUUGGUCUAGAGUACCUCUUACGUGGGGGGCCUGCGCCUUCGCCAGGUGGUGGUGGUGGAGGCGGGGGUGCUGGUCCCGGUGGUAUGCCAGGCGGGUUCAACUUUGGUGGUGGCAUGCCUCGCGGUGGUAGCCGCACUUUCCACUUCUCGACCGGUCCCGGCGGCACCAAUGGAUUCAGUUUCAGCAAUGCGGACGACAUCUUCCGCGAGUUCGCCAAGUCAUCCGGAGGUGGCGGUGGGAUGGGGGGUGGUGUGCCGGGUGGAUUUGACGACGACAUCUUCUCGAUGCUCGGUGGUAUGGGCGGCGCGGGGGCCGGAGGCUUCCGCAGUCGUCCAACUUCAGGAGGCUUCUCGUCGGCCAAAGCGAACCGGGCUCCCACCCCAGAACCGACGGUGAUCGAGAAGGAUCUGCCAGUUACCUUGGAUGAAGUCUUCAAGGGGACCACCAAGACGGUGAAUGCCAAGAGCAAGUCCUUCGAUGCGAGUGGGAAGCGCACGGUCAAGGAUGUUCCCUUGGAGGCGGUCAUCAAGCCGGGUAUGCGGGCUGGCACCAAGAUCAAGUACCGCAACAUUGGAGAUGGUGAGGAAGGUGGCCGACAGGAUAUGCAUUUGAUUGUGAAAUACGUCGAUCACCCGGACUUCAAAGUGGAGCGCGACAACCUUGUCACAACGGUGGAAUUGAGUCUGAAGGAAGCUUUGACGGGUUGGGAGCGGAUUGUGAAGACGAUUGACGGUAAAUCCAUCCGUGUCUCCAAGCCCGGUCCUACGCAGCCCGGCCACGAAGAGCACUACCCAGGCUGGGGCAUGCCAAACUCCAAAAAACCCAACGAACGGGGCGAUCUCGUCGUCCGGGUCAAAGUCAACUUCCCCAAGACGUUGAGCUCCGAGACAAAGACAAUCCUCAAAGACCUGCUUCCCUGA